AUUCCAAAGGUUCAAUUUUUUGCAGGGGGCUGCUCACCGGUUAUUGCUACUCUCUCACACACAUCUGUUCUUGCCACUCUCUCUCUCUCACACACACACCAGUUGUUUGUCUUUCUGUCUGUGCUGACGUGGGGUUGUUGCCCCUGUUCUCUGUCGUGAUUCGUGAAGCUGGUGGCGAGGAUUGUUGUAUCGAACCUGCACAAGAACACGAAGAAGUCAUUCUCGGAGACGUUUAAGGACAUGUACAUGCAAACAAGAGAUCCAGGCUGAUGCCCCUCUAGUCACUGAAGAUGUUUAUGAAAUCAUCAUGAAGAAUGCUGCUCGCUUGGACAGUGAGAUAAUUUAUGAUAGGGAUUUCGACUACGACUAUUUUGGCUUCAAAACUCUAGAGAGGUCUUACCUGUUGAAGCUUGAUGGUAAGGUCGUUGAAAGGCUACAACAGAUGUUAAUGAAGGUUUCACUGGGGAUACACAAGGAAGACAUCGAGUCUGCCAUCAGGACGUACCAUCUGAUGUCCCAGCGCUGGUUUACUCAUGCUUCACCGAUGCUUUUUUCAAUGCUGGCACGUCGAGGCCCCAACUGUUUUCUUAUAUGCAUGAAAGAUGACAUCAUUGAGGGAAUCUAUGAAACCCUCAAAGAGUGUGCUGUAAUAAGCAAAUCUGCUGGAGGAAUUGGUGUCUCAGUUCAUAAUAUCCGUGCUACUGAGAGUUAUAUUCGAGGAACAAAUGGAACAUCAAAUGGAAUUGUUCUUAUGUUACGUGUCUUUAAUGAUACUGCUCGCUAUGUUGAUCAGGGUGGUGGCAAAAGAAAGGUGCAUUUUGCUGUAUACUUGGAGCCUUGGCAUGCUGAUAUUUUUGAGUUCUUUGAUCUGAGAAAGAACCCCAGGAAGGUUCUUAAGGAAUCAAGUGACGAGGAAAGGGAGCAAGCUGAAGAGAUGAUGAAGUACUAGGUAUUUUUGUUUUGUUUUGCUGCUGCUGUUACGGUGUUGCUUACUUGUAAUGUUUUGCUACUGCUGUUACGGUGUUAGAUGUUUCCAUGUUGUUGAUGUUU